AUGCAUCUUAACAGCACCUUAAUCCUAAACUUGUCAGCGGUCUGCGCAGUUCUUAUUAAUUUCCUUUUGAUUGUUUUAAUUCUGAAAAAAUCCCCAAAAUCAUUGGGCUCAUAUAAGUUUUUGAUGCUUUAUAUUAACCUUUUCGAGUUCUCCUACGCAAUUCUAUACUUUGCAGAAAAACCUGAUCUCUUCACCAAAAAGUCUGCAUUCUUUUUGAUCGUUAAUUGGAAGGAGUCUAUUUUCCCAGCAACCAUGUCAUGUUUAAUGGAUCUGCUUUUCGUCGGCUUUUUUGGAACGUCCAUGUCAAUUCUAGCUCUUCAUUUCAUUUAUCGAUUUUUCAGCGUCACAAACAGUCGCUACCUUAAAAUCUUUGACUCAUGGCUAAUUAUUCCCAUUUUCACAGUCCCUCUUAUCAACGGCGUCCUCUAUAUGAUUACCGGUGGUAUUAUUCUGUCGGCUGAUGCGGAAACGGAUCGGUUCAUGAGAGAAAAUUAUCUAAAAGUAAUUAAAAAUCAAACAAAUCUUGAAGACCUCUAUUACAUGGGCCCGUUUUUCUGGCCGAAACUUGAAAAUUCAAUAACGGAAACGUAUUUUAGUUGGAAAGGUGCGGAAGGCUCAUUGAUAGUUAUGGGGUCAAUUGGUCUCUCUAGCUCGAUCAUGAUAUUCUUCGGAAUUAAGGGAUAUAUAAGUAUGAACAAUCUACUCGCAAUUACAAGCAACUCGGAACAGUUUCAAAAUAUUCAAAAGCAGCUUUUCCAAGCUCUAUGCAUUCAAACCAUAAUCCCAGUAGUUUUAAUGCAUAUUCCGGCUUCUGCAAUUUAUAUCACCAUUUUCUUCGAGAAAUCUUCGGUAAUCGUCGGAGAAACUUUGAGCUUAACGAUCGCGAUGUACCCUGCAAUGAAUCCGCUUCCAACCAUUUAUAUAGUUCAAAGCUACCGAAAAGCCGUGAAAGAUUAUUUUAUUUCAAUAAAAAAUACACUUUUGAAAAAGCCAACGGUGAUUCCUGUGUCGCAUACUGUUCAGGUCAUACCCGUCUCCUCGAUUUUCACGACCACAAGUUGA